AUAUGUUCUAAUAGAAAACGUUCACUCACUCAGUUAGCAAGUGACCGUUGACAGGAACGGACGUGUUAUCAAUGACGCUCCUCUUAUAUUUAAUUAGUGUAUUUUUAUUUGUUAAUGUCGAAGCUAAUUGGGCUGCUGAUUAUGGACCGUUUAAAACUCUUCUGUAUUCCGAUUGGAUCACGUGCGACCACAAUAAGAGUUUGAAUUUAAGUGUAAACGAAACUCUGGUAUACUUCUAUGAUUUCCAAAAUAACUUCAAUCUUAGUUACAACAUCGACGGAGCUAUAGAAGCAUUUACUCAAGUAUACAAUCUAGACGUUUCAAGACGCAUUAUUUUAUUCGUACCCGGAUACAAAUCCCACGUAUAUAAAAGUGCAUCCGAAAUCAUCAGGAAUGCCUUUAAAGAUGUUCCGAACAUAUACCUAAUGAUAAUAGACCAUUCAGCGUACACAUCUGCUAAUGGAGGAAAAUUGAAAAGCUAUGAACGAUCUGUUCACUAUUCAUAUUACCUAGGCGAGGCUAUUGGAGAUCUUCUCGUAAAGUUGAGAAUCCAUGGAUUUUCAUCAAAUAAUAUACACGGCGUCGGGCACAGCUUGGGAAGCCAAAUUCUUGGCUAUGCAGGUUCGAGUUACUUGAACAGAACGGCGGAAAAAGUUUGGAGAAUUACUGGAAUAGACCCAGCAGGGCCUUGCUUUUCAAAUACCUUAAUUCAAGAACAAUUAAGGUCAGGUAAUGCUGAAUAUGUGGAAGUGUAUCACUGUAACGCUGGUGGCUUGGGUACGACGAGUGUUCUAGCUGACAUCGAUUUCUUCAUGAACGAUGGCAAAAUUCAGCCCAAAUGUGACGCUGGUUUCCUUUCGAGUCUAGGCGAUUCUGACGCAAAGUGUAGCCACAAAUCAUGCAUGCGAUACUGGGCUGAGACGGUUAAUCAUCCAGGAUGGUAUUUAGCGUGGAAAUGUGAUUCAUAUAAGGACUUCUCGCAUGGGAAAUGCUCUAGUAACGAAGUGACGAUAGCCGGUUACUCCAAUCCAGGAAAUGCAACUGGUGUUUUCUAUCUAUCUACAGAAGCUUAUAGAAUAGAUUAAAUGUAUAUCUUUAGAUGCAUAAUUAUUUAUAGUGCAAUGAUAGUCAUCGACAAUUGUUAUUAUAAUAAAAUGCAGUUGUAGUCCAUGGUCAGAACCAAAGUUAUUAUUUAUAUGAGAUAUUUGUAGUUUUGAUAGGAAAAUUAAUAAUUCCUCGCGAAUAUAUAUUGUAUUAUUUUUUUAACCUGAGCCAUAAUAAUAAUUACAAUCCAUUUACUUUAUUGACGUCUUCCGCCACUUGGAUUUAUGCAAGCCUAUCUCGUUAGUAUCACCCACUCAUCAGAUAUCCUAACUAAACAGCAAUACAUAGUAUUCUUAUGUUUCGGUUCGAAGGAUGAGUGAGCCAGUGUAACUGCAAGCAUACAUCUUAGCUUCCAAGAUUGAUGGCGCAUUGGUGAUGUAACGAAUGUUUAAUAUUUCUUACAGUGCCAUUGUCUAUGGGCGGUGGUGAACUCUUGCCAUCAGAUCACCCAUUUGCUCGCCUGUCUAUGUAUAUUAUAAAUAAAAAAAAAAACAAAGAUAAUAGUUCACCUAUGAUGAUUAUGUAAACUUACAGAUUAUUAUCUUUUAAAAACAAUACAAAAAUAUCUACUAA